ACACGGAAUGUUUUCAUUGAUGCACGCGUAGCUCUACGUGAACUCCUGAGGAUCUUGAAGACAUGUAAUAUUCGGUAAAAACUACGAUUUUUUCACCUUUGGUGUAUCACAUUUUGGUGGUGUGAACACAGACACCUGAUAAUUCAGUUCAGGGUAAAAAUGAGUGAGUGGAAUCCGAUAGCGAAGGUGUACGACCCGCUAAAAGCCGGCAGCAUCGACGGUACGGACGUGGAGCCCCAUGACCGCGCCGUAUGGAGGGCUAUGGGCGCCCGCUACAAGCCGAACAAAGGUGUCGUCGGGGACCCGUUGCUUACUCUGUUUGUGGCCCGCCUGAAUCCACAAACAACCGAGGACAAACUGCACCAGGUGUUCUCCAAGUACGGAGACAUCCAGCGGCUCCGGCUGGUCCGGGACAUCGUAACGGGCUUCUCCAAAGGAUACGCCUUCGUUGAGUACAAGGAGGAGCGGUCCGUGGCCCGGGCGCGACGGGACGCAAACAAACUAGUGGUGGAUCAGCAUGAAGUGUUUGUGGACUUUGAACAGGAGAGGACCCUCAAGGGAUGGGUGCCCCGGAGGCUCGGCGGCGGACUGGGAGGGAAGAAGGAGUCCGGGCAGCUGCGGUUUGGAGGCAGGGACAGGCCUUUCCGUAAACCCAUUAACCUCGGGGCUGGUCCGGUGCAGGAGAGAGGUGGAGGCUUUGGCGGAGGGAGGGAGUGGGACAGAUCAGCCACAAGAGAGAGGGAGGACCGGGACCGACACAGAGAGCCUGAGUGGGGGAGCAGGGGGAGGAGAGAUGACCGGGACAGAGGCAGGGACAGAGACAGAGACAGGGAGGACCGCAGGCACGGAGACAGGAGCAGACACAGAGACAGGAGAUGAGGCUGAGAUAAACAAAAGUGGACAUGAACCCAAAGGCAUGGGCUUACUCAGGACAGAGGAAGUCUGAGACGGAUGUUUGCAUGUGUGAAGACAGGAUUUGUGUUUUGCAGCUCUACAAGAAAGAAAUGUGACCCUUUGCACACGUUGGAAUGUUUCAAUCUGAGCCACAUCAGAUUUUGGUUUAUCUGGUGAAUGUUAAAUGAUGACUGUGUGUUAGGCUAACUAAUGUCAAACAGCUUCCAUUUUAUACUGGUACUAAAGUAGAUGUUUCUCACUGAUGUGUGAUUUGGUGAAUUUCCCUGUUGUGGGACAAAUAAAGGAUUUUCUUGUAUUGGAGUAUGUUCAACAGCUAUCUUUAAGGCUGGGUAAUAAAAUGAUAACUAUUGCUACCUACUUUUGUAUCAUAGUAAUUGUCUAAUUUCUAUUUUGUCUUGAUAUUUUUUGGUUCAUAUCGUUGACUGAAACACAAAUGUUCCAGUGUUUUGGUAUUGUACUUUUUACUCAUGCCUGUUUUGACGCCACAUUCUACAUCUAGAUUCCUGUAAUGUUCUGCUUUAAUACCUCUAGUAACCAACUUUCAGUCAGAAACAAAAGCAACAAUUAGUUGCUUCUUUUCUUGGUCAUUAUCAAUAUUGACUGACACAAAGAUUUUUCUUUUUACCCUGAAGACAUGGGUAAUAUUACUCAACCCAACAUAUAUAUUUAUUUCCUCUCUAGAUGGACCAGUGGUUUUUAACAUUUGUUCUGUGCAACCUUAACUGGAACUGGUCUGCUUUCUUCUUAUUCAUUCGAGUCCACCGGUCAACCUACAGGUUUUUUAUGCAGAGAUCCAGUGUCUGUUAUGUAAUCUGAGACAUAUCACAGUGUUGAAGCAUUGUUUGGUCUUUGGUCAGGUGGCCACUUGAGGUUUAUCUUCUGUGAGUCAUGUUUUUCUUUCUUUGCUCACUGAAGAUUAUCAACCUCAUGCUUAUUACAACAGAAAGGAAAUAUUGUGCAAUGCUGCCACUUUACAAAGGAGACGAUUACCAAAUAAACAGAGAAUCUGUUUAA